CGUUUUUAUUUCAAAUCAACAUGAGUUUCGCGGACCAGUUACAGAAGCAAAAAAUAAAACUGAAAGGAGCAGAUACGAUUGUAACAAAUGCCGACGGACAAAGGUAUAUAGAAAGCAAAACCAACGAGAAAAUUAUUCUCAGUCCCAAUGCGUACGGCUUUGUCGUAGACAAUAAACCUGACAAUACGCCCGCCUUGAUCACGGAACAUCUAUACGUAGGGUCGCAGGAUUGCACGGCCGAGAACGUGCUAGUACAGCACGACAUCAGGCACGUGUUAAGUUUAGGCGUCAAAGUACCACUGAAAAUCGAUUAUAAAUAUAUCGAUUGUCUCGAUUUACCGGAAAUCGAUGUGAGGCCUUUACUCGAGAAGAGUCUGCCGUAUCUACGUGACUGCGUGCUCUUGAAACAGAAUGUUCUUGUGCAUUGUAAUGCGGGUGUGUCUAGGACUUCGACUGUGGCUAUAGGAUAUCUGAUGCAAUAUGAGAAUAUGAGUUUCGACGAAGCGCACGAGCUCGUGAAGACGAAAAGACCAGCUGUAAGACCAAACGAUGGGUUUAGGAAGCAAUUGGAGCAACUGAAACCUGGUGAAUUGAUUUAACCAUAGACUUACCCAUGUUAAACAUAUUGGGUGUAUCCAAAUAAUGGCUUAAUUGAUUAAUUUAUAAUUAUGUUAAUUAUUACGCUUUUCCUUCUUUAUUUAAAGUAGUAGAAAAUGUAUUAUGGUUAGACCAGGAGAUAUUUUUGGCGUUACGAGUAUUUUUAAUGUUUUGUAACAUUUCAUAGUUACACUAAACAAAAAAAAUCUGAAUAAUUUAGUUCAACUUUAAUUGUGUAGCAAAAUAUAUACAUUAUGUAUGUGUUUAUUUUAUACUCUUUUAACCCUUUCCGAAGACAUUUGCAGUCCUGAGAAUUUUAGAGAAGAUUAAAUAUAUUGGUCCUACUAUCAAAAAAUGAAAUUGUUUAUUAAUAUAGUUUUAAAUGACGUAAAAAAUAUUUAAAAAGAACUUUGAUUAUUUAGGUUUUUAACACUAUCAUUGAAACCAAAAAGUCUGGUAUUAACAAAAAUAAAAUAAUGAGGUAAGACAUAAGCUUGCCUUGUUAGUCAAAGAAUUGUAUAUAAUAAAAUUAAAAAAUAGUUUAGUUCAAGCGCCAUUGUAUUUAUUGUAUUAAGAUGAGUUUAUAAAAAAUCAA